AUGCCUCCCAAGAUGCUACCGGUGUCGCGAGGCUGGCCACCUGGCCUCAAACUGCAGAAGCGCGACCGACCGGAUCGGCUUUGCCGACGACGUGGCGCUGGUGGUCGUAGCGAAGGAGCUGGCAGGGCAGAGUCAACGGCAAACAGCGCAAUCCGAGCGGUUGAGUCCUGGUUGGCAGUCGCUGGACUAGAACUGGCCUCACACAAGACGGAAGCAGUGCUGAUAUCUAGCAGAAAGCACGUGGAAACGGGCGAGAUUCGGGUUGGCGGCCUGCCAAUUACUUCGCAGCGCGCGAUAAGCCCGUUCUGGGCGGAGGCCGUGAAUGUAAAAAGCUACGUGAGGGGUACGGAAGGUACCUACCGCCUGUGCGCCCUGAGAGUAGCGUGCGCCUUCAGGACGGUUUCCGACGAAGCGGCCCUGGUCAUUGCGGGGCUGGUGCCGAUAGGCGAGCUGAUGGGCACUCCGGCCAAACCUAUGCUCAAGAUCGACACGACGGCGUUUGUGCUGCCGAACCUGGCCGGCAAUCUUCCGACAAGCACAAUUGACCGAAACAUUCUUGAUAGGCUGCCAAAUAUGCCAUUGGCAGAUCCGUCGUUUUUCCAGCCGUCUCAAAUAGACCUUCUUCUAGGUGCGGAUAUUCUUCCGUCUGUCCUGCUAUCGGGCUGGAGGCCAAACGUAUGUGGGUCCUUAUUAGCGCAAGAGACCAUUUUCGGGUGGAUUUUGACCGGCCCAUUGUCUUCAACCACUAGUAGGGUUUCGUCUUUCACCACACAAAUAUCCAUAGAGUCCGAAGCAACCAUGGAAACACUUCUCACAAAAUUUUGGGAGGUGGAGGACCUUCCAUGCAGACUGGUAAAGGAGACGGACAAGUUGUGUGAAGACUUUUUCGUCCGAACAACUACCAGAUCCUGCGACGGGAAAUAUAUAGUAUCCCUGCCCUUCAAAGAUUCAGAGCACAUUGACUUGGGGCAUUCCAGGAGUUCCGCACUCGCACAGUUUCUGAGGAAUGAGACGCGCUUGAAGAAGGAGCCCGCUCUCAAAGACACUUAUGACUCAGUCAUCCAAGAAUAUAUCGAUCUUGGACAUAUGAAGCCCGUGCCUCCGAAUACCGACAAGAUAAAUUUCUAUCUCCCCCAUCAUGCAGUAUUUAAGCCCGAAAGUGCGACCACGAAAGUUCGCGUAGUUUUCAACGCAUCCAGUCCUUCUUCCAAUGGGAACAGCCUUAAUGACAUUCUGUAUCCAGGGCCAGUACUGCAGUCCGAUCUCACUCUUCAAAUCCUGAAGUGGCGGACGUUUAAAUUCGUUUUCAAUGCCGACAUCACCAAGAUGUAUCGGCAAAUUCUCCUAAACCAAGAGCACACUCCGUUUCAGAGAAUUCUCUUUCGAAAUGGCCAAGGGGAUAUAUCCGACUUCGAGCUUCAGACGGUCACGUUUGGAGUGAAUUGUGCCCCUUUCCUGGCCCUACGAACACUGCAACAAUUGUCCGACGAUGUCAACGCCCAAUACCCACGGGCGUCGCAUAUAAUCUCAAAUUAUAUGUAUGUCGACGAUGUGCUAGCAGGAGCCCAUACAGAGGCUGAAGCUAUUUUAGCCAUUCGGGAGCUGCAAGCAGCUCUGGACUCAGCUGGAUUCCCUCUCCGCAAGUGGACAUCGAAUGAACGUGCACUCCUUAAAGCACUUCCUAAAGAGCAUCUACUUUCGACUGAUUUUCUUGAUCUCGAAGAGGUCAGCACCACUAAGACAUUGGGAGUACGGUGGAACGCUACGACGGAUGAGUUCUAUUUUGUCCCAACAGAGGUCACCAUUCAGGCAAACUAUUCGAAACGCGACGUCUUAUCCCAAAUCGCGAAGUUGUUCGACCCAGCUGGGUGGCUCUCCCCAUUUGUGGUUCAGGCCAAAAUCCUGAUGCAGGAUAUCUGCUACAGUUUCCUCCACCAAGUUCGCAUCCCGCGCUGGGUACAUUUUCAACCGGGUGUACAAGUCCAAAUCCAUGGUUUCUGCGAUGCCUCCCAAAAGGCUUAUGGCGCAGCGAUUUACGUUCGCAUCCAGCGUGAUGGAAUCAUUUCAGCAAAUCUUCUAACGUCAAAGACCAAAGUCGCUCCGGUAAAAACUGUCUCGCUCCCGCGUCUAGAACUGUGUGGAGCCGUCCUUCUGGCAGACUUGUGGACUGCAAUUCUGCCUCAGAUUCCUUUCGGUCGUAUAGAAUCUUUUCUAUGGACUGAUUCCACUAUUGUGCUGGCAUGGUUGAACAAGCCACCAUGUCAGUGGACGACCUUCGUCGCAAAUAGAGUCACAAAAAUCGCUCAAAACACUGAUGCCAGCCAGUGGUCUCACGUGCGUUCCGAGCACAACCCAGCAGAUCUAGCCAGUCGUGAAGUAGCGGCUGAAGAGUUAGCUACCAGUGAGCUAUGGUGGCAUGGGCCUUCAUGGCUAACUCAGCCACAAGACUCCUGGCCUACACCUUAUGAAUCAGUUUCCGACAUCGACAUCGAGAAGCGACCCAUACGUUGCCAUUUAGCAUGCCCGGAGCAGGACAUGCUCGAGCGGUUCUCCAAGCUCGACAAGGCACUACGAGUUUUCGCCUAUGUUCAGCGCUUCAUCCAGCGCUCGCAAAAACGACCUAUUCCAGGCGAGCUGCAGCUAUCCAAUACAGAGAUUUCCACAGCUGAGCGACUCCUAAUUUUCAUAACACAGCGCAGAUACUUUGCGCUUGAAUAUGCCUGCCUGAGCCAAAAGCGGCCAAUUCCAGCAUCCAGUUCUAUUAAGAACAUGAAUCCCUUCCUUGAUCCUCACGGCCUCAUCAGGACGUGUGGUCGGGUAACGGCCUCCGAAGUCCUCCAAUAUGAUGAACGACAUCCGAUCUUUCUUCCAUACAACUGUCAGUUGGCGCGUCUCCUUGUAUCCUUUACGCAUCGCAUCUCCUUGCACGGCGUUAAUCAGCUAAUGGUACGCCUGAUCCGCUCAAAAUUCUGGAUACCAAGGGUCAAGAACUUAGUCAAGUCUGUAAUUUUCUCCUGCAAAAUAUGUGUGAUCCACAAAAAGAAGUUGCAGACCCAACUCAUGGGCGAAUUACCAAAAGAAAGAACGUCCUUUUCGCGGCCUUUUACGUACACGGGCAUGGAUUAUGCCGGACCGUUUGAUAUAAAGAACUACACCGGGAGAGGCUGCCUGAUUACCAAGGGCUAUGUGCUGGUGUUUGUAUGUUUCUCCACGAAGGCCAUCCAUUUAGAGCCUACUUCGGACCUCACAACAGAGAAAUUUCUCGCAGCAUUCGCCCGAUUCGUUUCGCGGAGAGGGUGCCCUCGACAAGUUCAGUCGGACAAUGGGAAGACCUUUGUUGGUGCAGCCGCAGUGCUGUCGCGUGAAUUUCUGCAAGCUGUCAAGGAGUCCGUGACGAAUGCUUAUAGUCACCAGAAACUCCUGUGGCAAUUCAUACCACCAGGAGCCCCGCACAUGGGAGGAUUAUGGGAAGCUGGAGUUAAAAGCUUCAAGACGCUGUUUUAUAAAUCCACAGCCACUCGAAAGUAUACGUUCGAAGAACUUUCUACAUUGCUGGCCAAGAUUGAGGCCUGUCUUAAUUCGCGUCCACUCGCCCCGAUGUCCGAAGACCCCACAGACUUGUUGGCACUCACGCCAGGUCAUUUUCUCGUAGGUGGACCCCUUCUCGCCACCGUCGAACCCGAAAUUAAGGGUGCGUCCACUUCUAUUAUCAACCGGUGGCAGCACCUUAAGGCCCUUCAUCAGCAAUUCCGCCUGAGAUGGAAGGAAGAGUACCUCAAGGAGCUCCACAAGCGAACAAAGUGGCAAGUCCCCACAAGAAAUCUCGAGGUGGGCGAGAUGGUUAUAAUCAAGGACGAUAAUCUGCCCUCCACUGAGUGGCGGCUCGGCAGGAUUGACUCCGUGUUUCCCGGACCCGAUGGUCAUGUCCGAGUAGUGAAUAUUCGUACUGCUCGGGGAAUCGUUAAGCGCCCUGUCGCAAAAGUCGUAUUGCUUCCGGGGGCGACCUCCGAAAAAUCUCAAUAA